AUGAUACCCAGAGCGCCCGCUCGCCGUCUCCUCCGAGACUUCGUCCCCGCGCAUCGCAUCGCGCCGCGACCCUUCCUCCGACCCUUCACAUCCACGCCCUCCUGCCGCCUCCAAGCCCAGCGCCCGCCGCCGCCGCCACCGAUCGCGCAGUCCCCUCUCCAAACCCAGCAACAGCAGGCCGCCGCCAACGCCGCCCUCUCCAACCUAUCCCACCUCACCCCGGCACAAAUCACAGCCCUCCUCUCGACGACACCACCGUCAACACUACCGGGAGGAGUAGGGGGCAUUCCCGGCGGCCCUCCCGGUUCGGCUGCUGUCGGAGCAAUCCCUUCCGCCGCCGGCUCCUCCCGCCGCUCAAUCCUCCUCCGCCGCGCCCUCUGGGCCCUCUUCUUCUUCGCCCUAGGCUACAAGCUCACCGACGACCAAAUCGCAACCAUCCGCUUCACGGCCCCCUUCCUAUACCCGCCCGUCGAGGCAGACGAGCACCAGAUCCCCCUCUUCCGCGCCCACGCCACCUUCCAAGCCAUCGAAGACUACCCCAUCCUCCAGUCCCUCGUCCCCUCCAUGCCCCCCAACACCGAUCCCGGCGCCGCGGGGAACCCGAUCCCCCAACUCCCGACCUCGGACUGGGAAAACUGGGAACCGUACCGCGACUUCUCCCCCGAGCGGACAGCGCACCACCUUUGCGCAGGCCCCGCGCUGAAUAACCCCAACGGCCUCGGGCUGGUCAACAUCGUGUUUCGGCACAAGUACACGGGCGAACUCAUCCUCGCCAUCAUGUUCGGACAGGGAACGUCGGGUUGGCCGUCCGUCGUGCACGGCGGGAUGUUAUCGACCAUCAUGGACGAGGCCAUGGGCCGGCUCGCGGCGCUGAAUUUCACUGCGAACACGGCCGUCACGGCGAAGCUGGCCAUGGACUUCAAGGUGCCUGUGACGCCCGGGAUGCUGUAUAUCGUGCGUGUCGGUAAGGCGCUGCCGGAGUGGCAGAAGGAGAGGCCUGACGAGGAGGAUAAGACGGAUCGCAAGUUGUGGAUUAUUGGGAGGAUGGAGGACCCGGAUGGAGCUACUGUUGUUGAGGCCAAGGGGCUUUUUGUGGUGCCCAAGGGGAUUGAGGUGCAGCCUCUUGGUGGGAGGUUCUAG